UCUGACAGCUGCGGCAGCGUCGACGAAGGAAUGCACGCCGUCGCCUGAGCCCGGCUGAGCCGUGGCUCGAGCUUCCAGCCGACAUCCUGAUCUGUGGAUCAGGUGCGGUUCUUUCCACUAGCGGCGGCAGAGCUCGCACUUAUUGCGGUAGUUGGGAUGGUGGCCGCUUAGCGGAGGCAGGUUGGAUUUGGCUAUCACUCCCAUCGGACUCGAGGAGGAGAUAUUGACUCCGGCGGCGGGAACUGGGUGGCGCAGCCACCUGAGAGAGGCUCUGGCGACCAUGGAGUUCCUACUUCAGCUUAGAAACAGAUUCGGUGUUUUCAAAUGCUCGUUGAUUUAUUGGAACUCUCCUGGAAGAGGUGAAUGAUAACAACGGGGCAAUGGAGCCCGUGCAGUUCCCAGUUCCCGCGGUGGCCGAGGUUCAAGAAGCGGCCCCUGCGGCUUCAAGUGCUGACGGGCAGAUCUACCCGGCGAAGGCAGCAGGCGAGGAGAUGGGUCAGUGCUCCGAGCACUCAAUUGAACAAAUUGACCCGAAAACACCAGGGUGGACGCAAAGAGUGCGAGUUGGUGUUGCUGCUCCAGGAAGGCCUCCUUGUAUAGACAGGAUAACAGCGCUUGAGAAGACUGUUAGGGAAUUUGCGGAGCAUCCAGGAGAUGUGGUUAUGGUGCCAAAGAUUGGGACCAGUUUUGACACACUCGGAGAAGCUUAUGACUUUUAUAAUCUGUAUUCAUGGGAGAAAGGAUUUGGAAUACGAUAUGGAAAGAGCAGGCUUAAUGUUAGCAGGACUAAGUGCAUGCAAGAGAUAGUUUGCGGAUGUGCGGGGAAGCUAAUUGUUGAAAAUACUUGUUCCCGCCGAUGUGAAUGCCCAUCACUCAUAACAUUACUUCGGUCAAAGGACAAUGGAUGGUACAUAGCAGAACAUCGAGAUGGGCACAAUCAUGCACUCUCCCAAACUUAUGGACAGACAAUACACUGGCCGUCACACAAGCAUAUUGAUGUUUACAGCAGGGACCUAGUGAAGCAGCUCCGGCAAAAUAAUGUCAACCUUGCUAAGGUGUACAACAUUGUAGGUAGCUUCUUCGGGAAGAUGGAGAAUGUGCCGUUCACGAAAAGAGCAUUGAGAAAUUUGUGUGGCAAUAUUAGCCGUGAGCAAUCAGAAGACGAUGUGUGAAAAACAAUGUAAGUCUUCCAUGAUUUGUGCUCAAACGAUCCACAGUUUACCUAUUGGGUUCAAGCAGACAAUGAGGGUCAAAUCAGCAACCUGAUGUGGGCAACCGGUAACAGCCGCCUGCAGUACAACUUCUUUGGGGAUGUCAUUACUUCUGACACGACUUACAGGACAAACUUGUAUGACAUGCACUUUGGGUUAUUUGUUGGCGUCAACAACCAUUUCCAGAGCAUCAUAGCUGGUGUGCUUGUGAGGCAUGAGACAGUUGAGACAUUUGAGUGGGUAUUUUCAGAGUUCGUUAGGAUAAUGGGGGGUAGUGCACCGCUGACAAUCCUAACUGAUCAGAACAGGGCAAUGGAAGUUGCCAUACAGAAUGUGAUGCCAGACAUGGCUCACCGAUGGUGCAAGUGGCAUGUGCUAAAGAAGGCAAAGGAGUCAUUAGGUCAUUUGUACCGACCAGAGUUCCAUAAGGUUGUCAACCACAUGCUAACAAUAGAUGAAUUCGAGGAAGGAUGGAAGUACCUAAUAGAGAAAUACAACUUGAAAAGUCAUGACUACAUGACUAGUUUGUACGAGAUACGACACAAAAUGGGCAAAGCCGUAUUUCAAGGGAGUUUUUUGUGCAAAGAUGACUAGCACACAACGGAGUGAAAGCGCAAACCACAUGUUGAAGAACUAUGUGCUGCCUGGGUGUCCAAUGCAUAUCUUUGUGAGGAAAUACAUGAGUUUGAUUUUUGACAGGGAAUCUAAAGGGAAUUAUGAGGAGAAGCGGACAACAAUUGGAAGGCCCCUUAUGCGAGCAAAUCUGGCAACUGAGAGACAUGCUGGGAAGAUUUACACGAGGGCGAUGUUUGAGCAAUUUGGCCACAUAUUAUAUGAGUGUGGUGCCUAUCAGGUGGAAGAGAUUGAGAAAGGCAAAGCGUACGUGGCAAUACAUACAGAUGCUGCAAGGAGGGAGAAAUGGUGCCGAACCUCAUACAAGGUCACGGUGGUUGAAGCAGGGGAGGAGUUUGAUUGUGAGUGCAGGCAAUUUGCACACAUGGGCCUGCUGUGCAGCCAUAUCCUGAAGGUUCUCGACUUCAUUCGUGUGACAGAAAUCCCAAAGAAGCACGUUGUGAAAAGAUGGACAAGGGACGCGAGAGAUAUACUUCCAGCCCACCUGGUGCAGUACCAGAAAGACAAUGCCCAGGGAAACCCAUUUAGUUUUCGGCAUUUCAACAUGUAUAUGCAAGCCAUGGAACUUGUUAGGAUGGGUGACUCAAGUGUGGCAGCAUACGAGCGAUUGACUACACUAUUCAACCAAUGUGCAGCUGAAAUGAAGCCACUCACAGAGGUCAGAGAUGGCCUAGGAUUGGAAGACAGGUUGGCAGCUAAUAAUACGGUUCCUAGUAGGGUUGAAGCAAACACCAUUCCGAGUAGGUUUGAGGCAGAUCCCGACGCAUUCGAGGCAGUAGAAGGUACACAAAUGAUCAUCGGAAAUGAUGACAGCAUAUCAGCUAAUGUGUCAGUGACUAGGCUGGAUAACCUGCUAGCACCAGCAAAGCGGAAGCAAGUUGGAAGGCCGACGAGCAGUAAGGAGAAGGCCCCAUAUGAGGGUUUAAGUAAGAGAACUAGAUUUUGCGGCAUAUGCAGGCAGCAAGGACAUAAGAGAACAACCUGACCUGAACGAGGGGAUUUACCAAAGCAACCACGUAAGCCGGCGAGAUGCAAGAACUGUGGAAUUGAAGGACAUCGCAGGAAUAACUGUCAUAAGGCAGAUGAACUUAGGCUGCGAUAAUGUAGUUCAUCCUAUGUGUUGUGAUGAGUGUUUUUUUAUGGAGGAACUAAAAAUAAACCAGUAGUUGAUUUUCUUUUAAGUGUAACUGAAAUCUAUUCGUCUGUCUCAAGUGCAAAAACUGAAUUUCCUUGAAUAUGCAGCUGAGGAGGUUUAGUGUUUCUGUUGUUCCUUCAGA